UCUUCUGUGGAUGAACGAAACACACCAGAAAUGUCGAAGAUCCCACCUGAUAUAAUCACCGAUAUCCUAUGCAAACAACCCGUCAAGUCUCUCCUUCGUUUCAGAGCCAUUUCCAAAGCAUGCUGCUCCUUAAUCGACGGGCAAGAUUUCGUCAAAAUGCAUCUGAACCAUUCCCUCCAAACCAAGGCCAAUCUCAGCCUCAUUCUCAAAGGUUUGCAUCUCUAUACUGUGGAAUUCGAUACACUGGAUACCCCACUUGAUCUCAACCACCCUUUGUACAUUGGUGGUGGAACCGAAGUUAUUGGUUCUUGUAACGGUUUGAUUGUUUUGCGAAACUCUGAACAAGAUCUUGCUUUGUAUAACCCUUCAACUAGAAAGUUAAAGAGACUUCCGGUUUGUGAAAUUGGGUUGCCAAGUGAUUCUUGUAGUCCUGGUUAUGUUUUCUAUGGGUUCGGACACGACCCCAUUAAGGAUGAUUAUAAAUUAUUGAGAAUGGUGCAGUUUAAAGAGAAUGAUCCUGAUGAAAUUGUGUCUUCUUCUUUUGGUUAUGAAGUUAAGGUUUAUAGUUUAAAGACGAAUUCAUGGAGAAAAAUUAGUCACUUGCCUAGAUAUUUACGUUAUUUGUUUCAAUUCUUUUACCAUCUUAUGUUUAGAAGAGGAUAUGGUGUUCUUGCUAGUGGUUCUUUACAUUGGAUUGCGCCUCGGAGGCAGGAGCUUGUUGAUGUGCCUAAUUUGAUUGUUGCUUUUGAUCUUGUGAAAGAGGAGUUUCGCGAAUUGUCACUGCCUGAUUAUGGCGAUGAAAGUGACAAUAUUAAUAAGAAUUUUCAGUUGGAUGUGGGAGUCUUGGAGGGGUCUCUAUGUGUUGUUUGUUACCGUGACCAAGUUUAUGCGGAUGUUUGGAUGAUGAAAGAGUAUGGGGUGAAGGAAUCUUGGACCAAGAAAAUCAAGUGA